AAGAUGGCGGCGGCCCCGCUGUACUGUGUCUGCCGGCAGUCGUAUGAUGUUAGCCGGUUUAUGAUUGAAUGCGACAUUUGUAAUGACUGGUUUCAUGGCAGCUGUGUCCAAGUGGAAGAGCACCAUGCCGUGGACAUCGAUGUUUACCACUGUCCUAAAUGUGAUGUCCAACACGGACCCUCCUUGAUGAAAAAACGUAACAACUGGCACCGACACGACUACACAGAGCCUGACGAUUGCAGCAGGCCGGUGCAGGCGGGGACCUCUGUGUUUGUACGAGAGCUGCAGAACAGAACCUUUCCCAGUGCGGAUGAAAUCAUGGUGCAGAUGCAGGGCCAUCAGGUAACACAGAAGUACCUGGAGAAGCAGGGCUUCCGCUACCCUAUCACCGUUCCCAAACUGGAUGGACUAGGUCUCAAGCUGCCUCCCUCCAGCUUCUCUGUAAGGGAUGUGGAGGACUACGUUGGUGGUGACAAAAUCGUGGAUGUCAUUGAUGUUGCCAGGCAGGCAGACAGCAAAAUGAAACUUAGAGAGUUCAUCAAGUAUUACUACAAACCUUAUCGGCCAAAGGUGCUGAACGUGAUCAGUCUGGAGUUUUCAGACACCAAGAUGGCAGAGCUGGUGGUGGUGCCUGAUAUCGCUCAGAAGAUGUCUUGGGUGGAGAACUACUGGCCAGAUGACUCCUUCUUCCCCAAGCCCUUUGUCCAGAAGUACUGCCUGAUGGGGGUGAAGGACAGCUACACAGACUUCCACAUAGAUUUCGGAGGCACAUCCGUGUGGUACCACGUACUCUGGGGAGAGAAGAUUUUCUACUUGAUCAAGCCGACCCAGGCUAAUCUUGCACUAUACGAGGCGUGGAGUUCGUCCCCCAACCAGAGCGAGGUGUUCUUUGGGGACAAGGUGGACAAGUGCUACAAGUGUGUGGUGCCGCAAGGAACCACUGUCCUCAUCCCCACAGGAUGGAUCCAUGCUGUUCUCACCUCUCAGGAUUGCAUGGCGUUCGGAGGGAACUUCCUCCACAACCUCAACAUAGGCAUGCAGCUCAGGUGUUAUGAGAUGGAGCGGCGGUUGAAGACUCCUGACCUGUUCAAAUUCCCUUACUUUGAGGCCAUCUGCUGGUAUGUGGCAAAGAAUCUACUGGAGACUCUAAAAGAGUUACGAGAGGAUAACUGCCAGCCCCCAGCCUACCUGACAGGAGUGAAAGCCUUGAUUACUGCACUGAAAAACUGGCUAAAACGAGAGGUCACAGAGCCGGCCAGCGAGGUCCCGGACCAUAUCAGACCCAACCAUCUAAUUAAAGAACUCACAAAGGAAAUCCGCUACCUGGAGGAGGAGCAGCAGAGUGGCGCUGGAGGUAGCAAGCCAAUGAAAUCUCAGGGAAGUGGAGCAUGCCCGCUGACGCGGUCGACUCUGGACAGGGCUAGCCAUCAUGCUCGCAGGACAGCCAGACGGCUACGGCACCACCACCACCAUCAUCACCAUGCGCCCAAGACUCCUUCCAACCUGGAGAUCCUGGAGCUGCACACGCGACAGGUGCUCAAGAGGCUGGAGGUGGGACCCUUUGAGGAGGAUGCCCCAUUCAGCUCCACAGUGACGGCAAAGUUCAACAAGGCAUCUGUGGCGUCGGCUGCAGCUGUGGAACGGAGCCUGGACAACAACCUCCGUCUGGUGAUGUGCAACGGCCGGAUUAUCAGAGAUGAGCGUUGUCACACCAGGGUGAAGAGUAGUCCGGUGCAGGACGGUGAGAGGACUGGUGACCACCAUUGGGAAGGGGUCCUGGUGAAAACAGAAAUCAAUGACAACAAGCAGGAACAGCACAGAGACCCAGAGAGAGGGGAGAAACCUAGCCCUCUCAGCAGUGAGUCUAACUGGUCAAGUCACCGGCUGUCAAUCAACGGUUUAGAGUUUUUCAAAAGAGUGAAUUCCGAUCUCAGGAAAGGAGCCACGGUAUACUCAGACAUCUCAGACUCUGAGUCCGAAGUGCGUUGCACUGUACAGAAAAGGGAUUCCUCUGGGAAGGAUUCAGGGAGCUCAGAAGAGGAUGAGGAGGAUAAGGAGCAGUGCAGGACAGAGCGAGGCACAGGCAGUGUGACAGACCUGCACCAGGCCAGCCAGGCCCUCAGCCACCACCACAAACCACUCAAAGGAGAACAUCCUACCUCGCCAACCACAGAAGAAGAGGCUAUUGAGGGCAUGCUGUCAAUGGCAGGGCUGCUGUAUCCUCAGCGACCAGAGGAGAGUAGCACUGCCCAGGAGCCCUGGUGGUCCAGCCCAGCCCAUCGCUCCUCUGACAGUGGUGAAAGAGAGCCUGCGUCAGGGGAGGAGAGCCAGGAUUCAGACAGCAACUCCACAUUGAGCCUUCAGGAUGAGCGGAGGGCCCAGCAGCAUGUGCGUAAGGAGUGUCGAGCUGAACUCAGCCAGAGGAUCCAGGAGAACAAGAACUUCAUGGACAGUCAGAGCAGUGGGAGUAACAGCAGUGAGGCCUGGGGGGACCAGAGCCCCUCUAGGGCUGCCUCUAGCCUCCUCUGCCUGGACCCCAGCUCAGGGACUGAUUACCAGUACUGUGAGACCACUCUGUCAUCCUCCCUGCACCCCUCCAAGAGGUCCGCCCCAAACACCCCACCCAUCAGUAAUCAAGCGACUAAAGGAAAACGUCCUAAGAAAGGUAUGGCCACCGCCAAGCAGAGACUGGGGAAGAUUCUCAAGCUGAGCAGGAACAACCACUUUUUGCUAUAGCACUCAAGACCAGUAUGUCUCCAGUAAAAACUUUAAGGGACAACUCGACCCCUGCCCAUAUACUGAGGAUACGUCUCUUUCAGCUUCGACUCUCACAUUCUACAAAAAUAAUCGCUUGGAUGGACUGCCCUGAAUCACUAACUCCACAUGCUAGAUGACAAGGUAAUGGAUUUACACAAGCAAGUGCUCCGUUUCACAUGGUGAAGUGAUGGUGAGCUGUAAAAACAACUGCAUGGAUUCUCAGCAGUGACAUUGGAUUGUAUAUUUUCUGGUCAUCAAAAGAGCUAUACAGUAAAUGUGGCUUUUUUUCCGAGUUGAAGCACCGCAACAACACAGGAUUGUCCAAAGAUGCAUGGCUGUGGGAAUUUAAAUUACUUAUUUUGAUACAAAAGUGUGUGGCUCAGAGUUGUUGUAUCUGUUUUGGCUGAUGCUUUACCCAAGGCUUGCACUAGCCCUUCCAACCAACACUACUUGUUAUGCCAUAAGAAGCUAAACAUGUUGUGCUUAAGCCAAGAAUGGCAGGUGAAGAUGCUGCUUUCUGCUACCUGAGUUUUCAUCACCUCUUUGGGACAUUGUCUUGUGUUGGUCUGACUGAAGAGCAAGAAUGGUGCUAUGGUGUUGGAACACAUUUUAAAUGGUGCUAAAGUGUAUAUUCAUGCUAUCCUUUUGUCUACCCUCUUGUCACGAUCACACCAGUGAUUGCAUUUGAGAGAGGGGGGAGAUAUCUUGAUGCAGCACUCUAGGCACCUUGCCUUAUCAGCCUCCAAGUAUGUAAAAAGCUAUCUAUGAAUCCUAAUACAUUAAGCCAUUCCAAAAAUACCACUCCCACCACAUUAAGAUGACUGGUUCUAUUUACUAAAAGAGUUAAGAGCCUUAUUGCUCUAUAGUUGAUCACUCUAGUUGAUCAUAUCAAAUAUGUUCCUUUGGUGCCAUCUAUUGGUCAAAUUAGGGCAGGAGCAUGAAAGUGCUGUUAUUAUGAAAGAUUUCUGAAAUUGCAAAAAGCUUUUAUCUAAAGUUACAAAUUUAUUUACAGAAAAUAUAAGUUAUCCAUAAUUUAUUUCACUUUCUCUUUUGGUGUUUAUUGUUCUGUUUCUUUUGCUGGUAUUGAAUUAUUAUGUAUUGUGGAAAAAAAGUUAAUGGCUAUGACAAUCCUGUUACGAUGGAUAGUGUAAAUGUUGAUACAGUCCCAAAAUGUUUCGCAUGUCAGCAGUCAAGUUUUCAAGAUAGGAUUUUCAAGAAGCAAAGUGUCACUUGCCACAUCAAGUGACACUUUGCUUCUUGAAAAUACUAUAUCUUGAAACAUUGACUGCUGACAUGCGAAACAUUUUGGGACUGUAUCAACAGUGGACAC